GGGCCGGUUCCGUUCGUUGCCGCCGCCGCCGCCGCCGCCGCCGCCGCAGCGCCGUUGCUGGCGGGCGCCGGGGCCGCCAUGUCGGAGCGGGGCGCGGCGGGCCCGGGCCCGGCCACCAUCCAGGUCUCCAGGAUCAUGCGGCCCGACGACGCCAACGUGGCGGGCAACGUGCACGGCGGCACCGUGCUGAAGAUGAUCGAGGAGGCGGGGGCCAUCAUCAGCACCCGGCACUGCAACUCCGGCACCGGGGAGCCCUGCGUGGCCGCGCUGGCGCGCGUGGAGCGGACGGACUUCCUCUCCCCCAUGUGCAUCGGCGAGGUGGCCAACGUCAGCGCCGAGAUCACCUACACCUCCAAGCGCUCGGUGGAAGUCCAGGUCAACGUGAUGUCCGAAAACAUUUUGACAGGGGCCAAGAAGGUGACGAACAAGGCGACGCUGUGGUACGUGCCGCUGUCCCUGAAGAACGUGAACAAGGUGGUCGAGGUGCCGCCCAUCCAGUACGCGCGGAAGGAGCAGGAGGACGAGGGGAGGAAGCGCUAUGAAGAGCAAAAGCUGGAUCGGCUGGAAACCAAGCAAAGGAACGGUGAUGUGAUCAUGCCAGUGAUCAACCCAGAGCCGCACACCGUGGGCUACAGCCAGUCCAGCCUGAUCCACCUGGUGGGCCCGUCGGACUGCACGCUGCUCGGCUUCGUCCACGGAGGGGUCACCAUGAAGCUGAUGGACGAAGUUGCCGGGAUUGUGGCUGCCCGCCACUGCAAGACCAACAUCGUCACCGCCUCCGUGGACGCCAUCAACUUCCACGAGAAGAUCAAGAAAGGUAGCGUUAUCACCAUCUCGGGGCGCAUGACCUUUACGAGCAAUAAGUCCAUGGAAAUUGAAGUCUUUGUGGAUGCCGACCCUUUUGUGGAUGAGCCGCAGGAGCGAUACCGUGCCGUCAGCGCGUUCUUUACCUACGUGUCCCUGAGCAAGGAGGGGAAGCCCCUGCCUGUCCCUCAGCUGCUGACGGAAACCGAGGACGAGAAGAGGCGCUUUGAGGAAGGGAAGGGGAGAUACCUCCAAACAAAAGCCAAGAGACAGGCGCAGAUGCAGCAGGCUGCCCAGCACUGAUCUCCGACCCGGACCAAAGCGCUCGCAGGAGAGCCGCGCGCUGCUCCAGUAUUCACUCGGCCAAACCUCCAAGUUCCCAUUCGUGUUGUGUUACGUGUGCGGGGCCUCGUGCGCUGCCGCUGCGCCGUGCCAUGCCGCAGGAGCGGGCUCGAGCAGAGCCGGUGUUCUGGGUGCACUGCAGCCUGGCCCAUGGUGCCGCAGCGAUGCCACCAGCGAGCUGCUGCUGGGUUUACCACCCUCGCCCCAUGUAUUAAACGGCUUAAAUGCUCCAGAAAGCCUCUGGGAUCUGCCUGGCUCUCGGGAGCAUUUGCAUCGGUUUGUCAGUGAGCCCCAGAGCCCUGGUUUGGGGGUUUAAUCCCCUCAGUGAAACUCCUGCCCGCACCGCAGCGGCGCGCACGCACGUGGCAGCACAAGGGACGCACGAGGCCCCGAGUCUUUGUGAAGCUGUGUUAAACUUACAGUAUGUCCUAAAAAUGUACACCAAAGCUUAUUUAUGAUACUUGCAACUAUAAAUGCGACCGAGUAUUGUAUUGAAUGUCUCAGCCCCUUCCAUUGACAGCCCUAGGUAGUAUCUCUGUGCGCAUCUAAGUUAUUUGAGGAAUACUGUGACAUAAAUAAAGUCUGUCAUCUCUGACUGAAAUAAA